GAGGUGCGUUUGAAACAUGGCAACUAUACAAGUUAGCGAAGCGGAGAAAGUGUAUAUAAUGCAUGGAGUCCGGGAUGAUUUAAGAGUGGACGGCCGUGGAUGUGAGGACUACAGGCAUAUGGAGAUAGAGACAGACGUGGUGUCCAACACAGAUGGAUCUGCUAAAGUCAGCCUGGGACAGACAGACAUUCUAGUGGGAAUAAAAGCUGAGAUCGGGAGGCCGAGGCCCAUGGUGCCCGAUGAGGGUUAUCUGGAGUUCUUUGUUGACUGCUCAGCAAACGCCACACCCGAGUUUGAAGGUCGUGGGGGUGAGGAGCUGGGUGUGGAGCUGAGUAACAAUCUGUAUAAAGUCUUUAACAACAGACACAGUCUGGACCUGCGCAGCCUCUGUAUCAGACCAGGAGAGAACUGCUGGGUUCUGUACGUGGACGUGCUGCUCCUCCAGUGUGAUGGAAACCUGUUUGACGCAAUGUCCAUCGCCAUCAAAGCCGCGCUUUUCAACACACGGAUUCCCAACGUUCACAUAUCGGAGGACGAGGAAGGGGGGAAAGAGAUCGAGUUGUCCGAUGACCCCUAUGACUGCAUGCGUCUCAACGUGGAAAACGUCCCCUGUAUCGUGACCUUGUGCAAGAUUGGCCACAGGCACGUAGUGGACGCAACCUUGCAGGAGAAAUCCUGCUCCGUGGCCAGUCUGUUGAUUUCAGUCACCCACAAAGGAACAGUGACUUGUGUACGGAAGCUCGGAGGAGGCAGUCUGGACCCGGACAGUAUCUUUGAAAUGACAGAGACAGGAAAGCGAGUGGGGAAGAUGCUUCACGUACCUCUGAUGGAGCUGCUGCAAAAAGAAGAGAAUCUUGGAAGAGAGAGAACUAAAGUGGGCUUCCUAGCAUAGCAUUUUUCUUUAACUUGUAUUAGUUCUGUUUUCCAAUCUUGAAUAAAUAUUUGUUUUUCCAAUUUUUAAAAA